GACUGUUAAGAAGGAAGAACAUUGCCUGAGCAGGAGUAUUUCUUGGGAGAAGAGAUUCUCCCCACCACACCAGGCACAAGGCCACCAGGAGACCUCCAUCAGCAAGCCUGCCCCAGCAUUUGAGGGAGAGAGCAGGUUCCUUCACCUACAUCAACAUGAACUGGCACAUGAUAAUCUCUGGGCUCAUUGUUGUGGUGCUUAAAAUUGUUGGAAUGACCUUAUUUCUACUAUAUUUCCCUCAGAUUUUUGGCAAAAGUAGCAGCUUCAUUCCCACGAGGAGCUACGGAACAGUCCCAACAAUUUUCAGGAGCACUACUGGCAGCUUCAGUCCUACAAGGAGCUAUGGUACAGUCUGCCCCAGAGGUUGGGAUUUUCAUCAAGGGAGAUGUUUCUUCUUGUCCACUGCUGAAUUGCCUUUGAAUCAAAGCAGGGACUUUUGUAUAGCAGAAGGAUCAAAUUUGGCCAUUGUCAACACUCCAGAGAAAUUGAAUUUUCUCCACGACAUAAUUGGUGCUGAGAAGUACUUUAUUGGCUUAACAUAUCAUCCUUCAGAGAAAAAGUGGCGAUGGAUCAACAACUCUGUGUUCAAUGGCAACAUUACCAAUCAGGAUAAGCCUUUCAACUGUGUGACUAUAGGCCUAACAAAGACAUUUGAUGCUGCAUUGUGUGACGUCAGCUAUCACUGGAUCUGCGAGAAGAAUGCCAAAUGAUCACAGCUCUCUGUGAUCUCUGACAAGAACAAUAAAUACAGCGAUAGCAAAAGAGAAUAUUUGCAAUUGGGACCAGUCCAGGAAAUAAGAAUAUCAAGUCACUGUAUCAGUUAUCCACAGAUUACUGGCAGAAUUCCCUGAUUAUCCUCAGGACUAAUACACCACCCCCUCCACAAAUACACUUACAUAUACACAACUGAGACAAACUCACUUUUCUGAGCCAUCGAUUCCAAAAGACCCAUUUCCUGUGAUAGUUCCUUUUUUGGAUGGAUACAGAUCAUCAAUCAAUAAUUUCUUCAUUCAUCUGUCCACUAGUAGAGGUCCCUGCCUGUUUGGGGAGAUGAGUUUCUGGAUUCUGCUCUGAGAGAAAGGAAGCUAGCUAUCUCUCAGGAUACAGGGUCAGUUUUAUGGAGACAAAUCGCCUGGUAUAGAGAUGAGGUCUGUUUCUAUAGAAUUUAGCCCUUCUGCCUGAUGAACACAGUUUAGCCUGUUAUCAGGGUUUAUUUUGUUCUCAAAGCCCAUAACCAUACUUCCAGGGAGAAACUGCAGGCUGAGAAGGUGUGAACAUUAUUUAGAGAGUCGCAUCUGUGAUGCUACCUCUGUUCCCAAGAUACCCCCAUUCACAUAGGCUUACUGGGUAAGACUGCAGAGGCCCUUCUCAGUCUGAAUUAAGAAUAGGCCUGGGGAAGGGUUCCUGGAGCUAAGCUGUGGGCAAAAAAAGCAUUGCUUAUGGUGAUGGAGAGAGGUCUGGGCAGGGCAGGAAUCUGUUUGGAGGAUCCUUUCAAGAUGACCAAGUUGACUAAGCAAAAUGGAUCUCUGUUGUUCAGCAAAGCUCUGAAGAAACACUCCAAAUUAAAAAUUUUCUUGGUCCUGGCCUGAAUCUCCCUUAGAGCAUAUAUAACUGCUUUGCAACCAGAAUUUGAAUAAGCAGAUUCCACUUAUCUGCAUGUUUUGGUUGCUUGACUUUAUUUGUUGGGCAUAUUUUAAGAAUUUGGGAAAGAGUCCUGGGCCCCAGAUAUCACAACAUAAUCCUCUUCAGUUCUUGCUACUAGGUACAUCCUACUGAUGACCCAUUGGUCCCACAGCCUUUUGCUGCUUGGCAUGACACUAGCCUGGGACUGGUCCAGCUGACCAAGGAGUAGAAAAAGAAGAGGAUGGCUCAAGAAACACUGGGUGGGGCACGGAGUGGGAAUAUAAUGAAAGGGGAACACUGGGAUCAAAUGGAAGUCUUGUGAGGGAGGAAACAAGGAGUUCGUUUGACCCUACUGGAAGAAAGGCAGGAAAGAGAAAGAAAGUCUUGAGGUACCCUGGCAGUUCUCUGUACUCACAACCCAGCAUCAGCUGCAUACCCUCCUCGUAUAUAUAAAGAGAAAUGAGAUGUCUAGUGCAUUUUGAAUAAAGAGAAUUACCAUCAGGAAAGACUGUAUAAACUAAUGAGAGUUAUAGUCAUCUAAGUAAACUGUUUACCUUUUAUGUCAACAACAUAUUACAAUAAUGCUAUGGAUAUAAUUACAUGUAUGUCAGACCAAAUUGUAAGUUAUAUUUUUUAAUUACAAUAUUAACCUGUUCUCCCGUAUUCUUAGGUUUCAUGGAUUUUAGUUCAUUAACAUGACCACUUACAAUUUUUAAAAAUUACAUUAAAUAUUAAAUGCAUUAGAUAUUAGAACUUGCAUGAAGGAAAUUACCAGAAAUAAUUAAGUGUUUUGGGGUGGAGUGGGGUGGAUAUUGGAACUAUAUUAGUAUCCUGUGGAAAUAUAAGUUUUCUGAUGGGGUUAGCAAAGAGCAAGUGCUACAUAUGAGGAGGAAGGAAAGGAAGAGUCUGUGAUAGAGAGAAGAAGAAUUCUAACCAAUUGGAAGCCCCAGAAUUCAAACAACAGAAGGAAACUGCAAAACUCCUGUUUCGCAAAGGUAGAACUCUAGUUUCCACACUUCCUAAUUUAUGACAGAAUAAUUGUAAACUUUUACAGUAAAGAAAUGCAAAUGUUUUAGACACUACUGAUUUCCCUAACAGACAGUCCAAAAUUCCUCCAGGAUGAGGGAGAACUUCUGCUCAACUUCUAAAAGAAGCCCAGUGGGCUGAGAUGGGGAUGGUAGAAUGCAGGGAAUAUGUUGCCUUCGGUUUAAGUUCAUUGCUAAGGGGUUGCUGGAUCCUUGGAAGGGUAGAUAAAUGUGGCCUUUGCUAGGCAGUAGCAAUAUAUUGUUUGUUUUUAUUUUUCAAAAAGCAGUGGGAUUUUAGUAAACCACUGGGUUUGAAUUCUGACUUUGUACAGAUUUCUUAUCCUUUCCAUGUCUUAGAUUUUUUUUAACAUAUAAAAUGGAAUGGUAAUACCGGCUUCACAAAAUUAGUGAAAUAAGAUCAUUUUUAUAUACUUUAAUGGCAAUAAAUGAUAGGGGGAGCAUUUUGCGGAAGAUUUGAAGUUCAGAUCUUCAUCCAAGAUGUGGCUCUGCAACUUGUUGGAAGUUGAACUUAAGCAAGCUACUCGAUUUCUCAGAACCUAUUUACUUAUAUCCAACGUGAGGAUAAAAAUCUGACCAAGUCAGAGAAAGGCACCUCAAAAAUUCACAUGGAUAGCAAAGCUCUACUUUCCACUGCUCUCAGUUGCAUACAAAUUACCUUUAUACUCUAUGUGAGCAACUGGUCCCAUGAUCAGUCAUUGACCUCUGUCCUCAGAUUUUGACAAAUCAGCACAGGAUUCAUGACUGAAAACAUCAAGUAUAGGUAGUCUUUGCCCAUUUUCCCUGCUGUUGCCAAAGUGCUCCCAAGAAGUCAUAUCCUCUAGUGACCUUUGUCUUCCCAGGUUAGCCCUGCUUCACCUCUGGAUUCUCUCAGGAAGGUUAAGUAAUAGUGUGAUAAUAGCUUUAGUUUCCCUCCACUUUCACCCUUACCCUUGAUAGAGACGGGAAUUUAGGAUUCAGUAGCCAAAGUCCCUGAUAUGAAGCCUCGUGUUUCCCUCUGUCCAUUUUCACUGCAAGGUAGCAGAGUUAUCUGUUCUCUGAAGCUACAGUCCAUGGCUUCUCUCUCAACAUUCUCAGUUGAAUUAAUCAUACCCCUUCAUUCAUGAGACACUCCCAAUAAUUGGUACAUGCAUUGUCCUCUUUUAUUUGUUUUGUUAUUUAUUUAAAUAUGAAGAUGUAGUAAGCACCAAUGAAUUACUCCAGUGUGAAAACUAGAACCUUUAUAAUAACAUAUUUACCUAUGUGGUCUUCUCCUAUUCCACCCUCUGUCUACUCCUGUGCUCAUCACUCACUUGAUUUUCUUUUUAUCCAAUUUCAUCUUAUUUUAUGCAUAUAUUAUUUUUAGCUUUAAAGAAAGGCAUUAUGUUUUACUCCCAUACUUUAGAACCUACUUUUUAUCACUUCAUAUUGUAAGAUUCAUCUGUAUUGUCAAUGGCUAUUAAUUUUGAAUAUCGCAUAAUAUUCCAUUAUGUGACUAUACCAUGACUGCUCUUUUUGAUGUGUAUUUGGAUUGUUGAUAGAUUUUGCUAUUGUGAACACUGUUGUAAUGAACAAUCUUCCGGUGUUCAUAUGCAGGAAUUUCUCUUGAAUAUAUAUUGAAGAGAGAAGUUGUUGGGUAAUAUGAUAUGUAAAUUUUCAUCUUUACAAGAUAAUUUAGAAUAAUUUUCUGAAGAGAUUAUACCAUCAGAAAUAUCUAAUCAAAAUAUGUGAGAUAAUGUUGGUCUACAUGUGGUCUUAAUCUGCUUUUCCCUAACUACUAACAUAUUAUUUACAGUAGUGUUAGUUGCUAUAACAAGCUCCAAAUUUUCAAUAGCUUAGCCCAAUAAAAGUUUAUAUCUCGUUAAUGUACAUUCAUGCAUUGUGCCUAUUAGUGGAAUGGGCUCUGCUAUAUAGGGUCAUAUAGGUACACAGGCUGAUGGAACCUUCUCUAUCUUCAACAUAUGGCUUCAAAUGCAAAUGUAAAAGAGAAAGAGGAUUAUACAUGAUGGUUAGUUUGGGACCAGGCUUGGAAGUUGUGUCCAUUACUUCUACUCACAUUCCUUUGGUAAGAACUCAGUCAAAUGGCCACUCCUAAUUUCAGGGGAAGGUAGAAAUUUUACUUUAGCUUUGUGUACAAAAAGAAUUGGAGAUGGGCUUCAUGGUCACCUAGCAGUCUCUGCCCCAAUCAAUGUGGUUGAGCAUUUCUUUAUAAGUUUUUGACCGUAUAUAUUUCUUCUUCUACAAAAUGUCCAUUUGUGAUAUUUUCUCACUUUUCUACUGGGUUGUCUGUAAUUUUCUUAAUGAUUUAUAUAAUCUUUUGUUAAUUAAAAGUAUCUUCUCCCAGUU